CAGCGACGCGACUGGCGUCUACGAAGAAAUAACGAUUUUGCUACGACUUGGGGAUGCGCUUCUUGGAAACGAGUUAUACGCGAUAAAUUAUCUAUAUACCCGGGCAAGAUAUCGGAAGCUUCGAAUAUGCCACCACAAACGAGAGCCGCACGAGCAAAUCCUCCUCCUGGUAGGGUCUACGAAUCGCCACGACUACCAGCCCAACAAGUCAAAUUCCAGCCACGACGACAGAAGGUCUACGGGCGACACAGCUUGGGGGAGGUGAAACGGAAGAAGCAGGAGACGUUAACACAGAUUGGAUUUGUCAACCUGUUGACCGAUAAGGAAAUCGAUGAGGAGAUUGAGACAUACGAGAGGGAGGGGAAGACUCGAAGGAAGACGUUGACGCCUUCGUCCAAGUUUUAUACGCAGACGCUUACGCAGCUGGAUUUUGAUUCUAUGGCGAAAGUCAAGUGUAGGGAUGCUGAGGUCGAUGAUGAAGAUGAAGAUGAGGAGGAGGAGGGGGAGCAGGAGCAGGAGAAGGAGCAAGCGCAGCAGGAGUCCUCCCCGGACAAAACCACCAAACCCUCACCAUCCCAGGCGGCCACCACCCCAAUGCCCCCCCCCAAAACCCCAACCCGAAAACGCACCCUCGAAGUGCCCUCCUCCCUCUCCCCCGCCACCCCGCUCUCCUCGCAAAGCAUCACACACGGACUACGGAUGCACGACCAGCCGUCGCCCCUUGGACGGCGCAUCGGAAAUACCAAUCUCAACGUGCACACCUCGCCCAUACCGUCCUCACCGAGCAAGUUGUCGCUCCCUCACCAAUCCCAGAUCUCCACCCAGGCAAUCACGCAAGACUCACCACUCUCCCGCGUCCCGGACUCGAGCCCGUUUCGCCCACGACACAUGACGCAGUCGACGCAGUCGACGCAGUCUCCCACUGCGCAGGUACUAUCUGAAUUCACAGCCGCCUCGACGCCGACGCCGCCGCCGCCGCGGAGGGUCGCGAAGACGGAGAUCGCAGACUCAGACGCCGAUUCUGAAGCCGACCUAGACAACUUAGACAACGACGAUGAGGAGGGUGAGGAGGAAGAGGACGACGACUGCCUCGCCCCCCUACCGCCGCGCACACAACCACAACCACCCAUCCAAGUCCCAAGCAGCCCCGACGCACUACUGCGACGCAGAUGGGCAGUGACGAGUAGCAGUCCCCCACCGCGGCCGGGACUGGCGGUGAAAGAGACGGUGUUUGGGGAGGAGGUGGAUGAGCUGGGGAGUCAGUGGACGAGGAGUCAGUUGUUGCCGGGGAGUUUGGGGAUGGAUAGUUUGCUUGCUUUGCCGCCUGGAUGGGGGGAGGGGGGGGGUGGGAGUGAAGGGGGGGGGUGGGAGUGA